UCGCGUUUAUGGCGCCUUCUCUGAUUUGAAAUUUUGAAUUCCCUCUUUCUGUUCUUUGCUUUCUCCUUCGCAACCUUUUCUUCUCCCUUGUUGCUUUUCUUUCUCAUGGCAAAAAACAAGAAGAAAUCUACAUCUUCCUUCUCUCGUGGGCAGGGAUAUCAGUUUUCAGAUCUGACUCAAAAUGCGAACUCCAUCUUUGCGGUGGAAGCUCCCCAUGCUUUUGCUGAGAAGAAUCAGUUUUCUAACUCUAUUGCGGGUGGAUCUAGUCCUCAUAAGUUUCUCAUCCAAGAUGACGAUGUAGUCGCAUGUGGUUCUGGCUCAGAAUCGCGUGAAGAAGAUGAACUAGUCUAUACUGAACCGGAAGAUGGCAUCAGGAGCGGUCCAUGCAAUGCUCAUUCUCCCACUUCAUCUCCGGCUAGAGGAAUCAACAAUGCUGGCUCUGAAGGUGCUUGUUCAAAAACUGCUGCAUCAAAUGAGUCAGGGAAGAUGGACAGUCGAACAGCUCAUAACAAGAGUUGUUCUAAGCAAGCAAAUUCUGCAAGCCUGGAACCUGUAGUGGGCACCAGUGUGCAGAAAGAUGAAAGGAAAGCUGUCAUUGCUGAGCAGCAUUUUGACCCAAUGCAAACUGAGCUAGAUGUCAUUUCUGAAGAAUGGGAAACUGUCAGGGGAAGGAAGAGCAGAGAGUCCUCUGGCAAGGAUCUUCCCGCUGAGGAUAUAUGCAGAGAACAGGGUGCUGCCGUUUCUAAUUCUUUGAAGGACAAUCUUAAGACACCUCUGGGAAGGAAAAACCGUGGUAUAGCUGGAACUGCUGAUGCCGUAACUACUAGGAUGCGCCCAGAAGGGACUUGUAUCUAAAGCAGCUGGAAGUGGUAGGGAAUCUCCUACCUCUCCAACUAUAUUAUGAUUCUUCUCAUCUGGAAUGUCAGGGGACUUAACAGUCCUCUGAAGUAACAUGAGGUUGUAUCCCUCAUGAAGAAAAACAAAAUUGAUGUUUUUGGUCUUUCAGAGACUAAACUGGUCUCUUCUAAGCUUCAGUUAAUGUACAAGCUGAGAUUGAAGCAAUGGAGAAUGUUCUCUAAUGUUGAAGCUACUAGUGUUGCAAGGAUUGUUGUGCUGUGGAAUCCUUCCACAGUCAAUGUGGAUUCAAUUGACUCCUCUCCCCAAGCUCUGCAUGUCAUUAUCCGAAACUUGGAAACUCAGUUCACCUGUGCUGCCAACUUUGUUUAUGGUUACAACUCUGUUAGGGCUCCUUCAUGCCCUUGGAUUGUAUUUGGUGUUUCUUGUUGGGAUAUUGUCAUUUAUAUGGCAGCAUGUGCAGCCUUAUUUUAGGAGGGGGUUGUCAUUGUUAAAAGCCUACAAUGGUAGUUGCACCAACCAUUGACAAAAUGGUGCAACCCAUUUACAACCACCAUUAUUGAAGAAGAGCUGGAGUUGGCAGCCAUCAUUGUUGAAGAAGAGUUGGAGCUGGUGGCACCAUUCUUGCAUAUAAAUAGGCACCAAGAUAGAGCAAUAAAGUUUGAGCAGAGGAGAGAAAGAAAGAGAGAAAAGGAGGAUUACUUCACUCAAACUCUACUCCUAUUGCUCUCACAUAUUGCUGCACUUGACAAUAGGGUUGUUGUCCUUGGCAUCCCCUCACUUUCUC